UACAAGUUCCAGGUGGAUCUGGAGCUGGCUGAGCUAACGGCCGUGCCAUUUGAAACGCCGUGCUAUUCUGCAAGGUGCCACCUGCUGGACGGUGGCAAGUUCGAGGAGCUGUCUUCCAGGGAGGAGGUGCGGGACCACACGGUCAAGUGGAACGCGCGCAUGUCGUUCAGCGCCAAGCUGUCGGCGCCGAGCACCACCGGCGUGCUGGACCCGUGCCUGCUGCGCAUCUCGGUCAGGAAGGAGGCGAAGGGCGGCCGCUCCUACCAGAAGCUCGGCUUCGCCACCAUCAACCUGGCCGAGUUCGCCGGCGGCGUGGGCCAGUGCCGGCGCUACCUGCUGGAGGAGCACGACCUGCGCCACCGCCAGGACAACUCCAUGCUCAAGGUGGUGCUGUCUACGACCCUGCUGAGCGGCGACCCUUGCUUCCGCACGCCGAACCCGCGCUCUGCUCACCUGCGAGAACUACACGCGUAA